AGCACUCCAGCACGAAAUCUCCAAAAAUAAAACCAAGCGACUCAAUAAUUCAACAUUUCACAAACCAAUAAAAUGUGCAGUUCGAAUUCGACCCGACUUCUCGUGAAAAGCGACAUACAUGGUUUUUGGUCAGCGCUUGUAUAAAAACCAAGAAAAAGAAGAGCAUAGGACAAAAUCAGCAACGCAAGAACAAAGGAGGGUAUGCUUUAGAAGAACACAGAAAGAAAGGGUAAAAACACCAGGGCAGCUAAACCGUGAAGGAUAUGGCUAAUUGCGUAUUGACUCCAACCUCUAUUCAAUUUCAUUCGCACAGAACUGGAUUCCUACGAUGUUUCUCUGAGUCACUUGUCAAGUUUCCCCUCCCGCCUGCUAUUCGUCCUCGUUUAACUCCGAGAAUCUUUUGUAAUUACGAUGAUACCAAUCGCAACAACCAGACACAGUCCUCUGCAGUUCAGCUCUAUCGUGAUAUUGAGAGAUUGCUUACAGACACUGUAAGGCAAUCGCAAGGUGCUUGGGGUGGUUCAAGUGAUUGGAGCCAAGUCGAGGGAGCAUGGGUUCUUAAACCGAAAGGCUCAAAACCUAAGUCAGUUGUUCAUUUUGUUGGUGGUAUAUUUGUUGGAGCUGCUCCCCAGCUUACAUAUCGAUUGUUUCUGGAGCGCCUUUCAGAAAAGGGCGCUUUGGUGAUUGCAACACCAUAUGCUAGUGGGUUUGAUUAUUUCUUCAUUGCUGAUGAAGUCCAGUUCAAAUUCGACAGGUGUUUACGGUUUCUACAAGACACAGUGCAUGAUCUUCCUACAUUUGGUAUCGGCCAUUCUUUGGGUUCUGUUAUCCACCUUUUGAUUGGUAGUUCAAGAUAUGCCGUGCAAAGAAGUGGGAAUGUAUUAAUGGCAUUCAACAACAAGGAAGCAAGCUUAGCUAUCCCCUUGUUCUCACCCGUUCUUGUGCCAAUGGCCCAAAGUGUUGGACCAUUUUUCUCACAAAUUGCGUCGUCGCCUACAAUCCGCAUGGGGGCUGAGAUGACACUAAAGCAAAUAGAGAGCCUUAGUCCUCCCAUUAUGAAGCAGGUUCUUCCUUUAGUUGAGCAACUUCCCCCCUUGUACAUGGACUUAGUCAAGGGAAGAGAAGAUUUUAGUCCAAAACCAGAAGAAACUCGACGACUUAUAAAGUCAUACUAUGGCAUUUCAAGAAAUCUUCUAAUAAAGUUCAAGGAUGAUUCAAUAGAUGAAACUCCAAACUUGGCUCAGGUGCUAAGUUCAGAGUCAGCUAUUAGCUCAAUGCUAGACAUGUCAAUUCGAUUGUUGCCAGGAGAUCAUGGGCUUCCUCUACAACAAGCUCUACCAGAUGUUCCACCUGCAAUGGCUGAUGCAGUAAAUCGUGGAAGCGAGUUUUUGGCGAAUCUGACUGUCGGAACACCAUGGGAGACUGUUGCCAAAGAAGUCAGCAAUACAUUAGGUGUGGACUCGACUGUUCUUCGUGCAGAAAUUUCAAAGGACAUAAACAAUCUUGUGGACGUAAUCACUUCUUGGAUGGCUUCAAAUUCAGGUGCAAAACUUUUAAGGCCCUGAUGAGUAGGAUAGAUAUCGAACUAAAAUCAACAAGGAACUGUUUUGAUGGUACUGGCAAGGAGCUGAUUGCAAGCUACAAUAUUAGAAUAUUGCCACAGAUUCACCCCUCUUUGACAUUUAUAUCAUGCCAGAGAUGUCCAGUUUCAGAAAUGACUUGACAGAACUUCCACCAAUUUGUAAUUAGAAUGUCUGUGUAUAUGCUUUGUUUAUUAGAAAUAUGAAAAAGAUAAAUAAAAAAGAGAAAUAAAAUUUCGAUGCUAUUUUAUGUUACAUAAAUACAACCAGUUUAUAUUCUUUUGUUUAGUUUUUGUUAUUUGCUUGUAUCAUAAAAUUCCUAUCAUAAAGACAAUGCAAAUUAGAACUUUAUU